AGCUAGAGGGGUACCUUAGUCCACGCUGCGAGGAGGAGGAUAGCGAUUGGCUUUACGAUGGCCCACUCAUCUUCUUCCACGUGGUCGAGAUGCACUACCCUUGCAGGGUUUACAGACAGUUCGGGAGGCUGCAGGGGAUUCCACCGCUGUAUUCCACAAACGCUGAGCUGCAUAGGAUUGAUCGUAGGUUUCGGUCCACGCAAAAGGAUUGGGCGGUCAGGCACGAUGCACAUUUGCAGACUUGGUAUCACAGGCAGGUUCCCCUCGUCAACUCACUACCACCGCACGACCCGACCAGAUGGAUGGAGUACCUACAGUGGCUGCACCGGAGUACGAGGACUCAUAUCAUGGUCCCGUACACCAACACCCCUGCAGAUGAGGGUGGUGAGGAUGACAUCGCCGAUGCGUUCGACGAGGCGCAAAGGGUUGACAAACAGGUUCUUAGGGCCCCCUUAAAUAGAUAUGUGGUAAGUACCUUGGACUUUCAUGUAUUAUUUGAUGUUUAUGGCACAACAGUUGUCCAAAUGAUCGAGUUAAUGUUGUGUGUGAUGUUGUAGUCACAACAGUUGU